AUGGCUGUGGUGGAUCCAGCUCAGAUGCCAGUGACCUUUGAGGAGGUGGCUGUGUAUUUCACCGCGGGGCAGGGGGCUCUGCUGGACCCUAAUCAGAGAGCCCUCUACAGGGACGUCAUGCAGGCGAAUUAUGAGAUUGUGACCUCGCUGGCAGGACUCCUCAUUCCCAAACCUGACCUGAUCGCCCGGCUGGAAGCAGGGGAAGAGCCGUGGGUCCCAGAUCUCCCAGCCUCCGAGGAAAGGAAAUUCUCAAGAGGCACCUGCACAGGCAAUGACUCCUGCCUAUAUUCUCUCUCUCCCCCAGCAGGUGAUGAGACAAUGAGUGAGAACGAGGAUGGGAAUCCAUUGCAGGAAUGUCCUGAACAAGUGGAACUGCAGGGGACCUUAUUGAAACAAGGUGAAGGGAAUAUUUCCCAGUGCUUGGAACAGAGAAAAGCCUGGAGUAAUUGGCACAGGUCAGAGAGGAAGCUGGGAAACUGCCAAAGGAAUAAAGUGUAUGAAACUAUUGGAUGUGGGGGAGGAGGCAAGGAUCCCAAAGAAACCACAGUUCCGCGGACAAAUGAGAACAAGAAGAACCCCUAUAAAUGCUUGGACUGUGGGAAAAGCUUCAGUCAUCGCUCAAAUCUGACUAGACAUGGGAGAAUCCACACUGGAGAGAGACUUUAUAAAUGCUUAGACUGUGGGAAAAGCUUCAGUCGGAGCUCAAACCUUAUUAGCCAUAGGAUAAUCCACACUGGAGAAAAACCCUAUAAAUGCUUGGACUGUGGGAAGAGCUUCAGUCAGCGCUCAGGCCUUAUUAACCAUGGCAGAAUCCACACUGGAGAGAACCCCUAUAAAUGCUUGGACUGUGGGAAAAGCUUCAGUCAUCGCUCAAAUCUUAUUAGACAUGGGAGAAUCCACAUGGGAGAGAGACUUUAUAAAUGCUUGGACUGUGGGAAAAGCUUCAGUCGGAGCGCAAAUCUUAUUAGCCAUAGGAUAAUCCACACUGGAGAGAAACCCUAUAAAUGCUUGGACUGUGGGAAGAGCUUCAGUCGGAGCUCAAAUCUUAUUAGCCAUAGGAUAAUCCACACUGGAGAGAAACCCUUUAAAUGCUUGGACUGUGGGAAGAGCUUCAGUCAGCGCUCAGGCCUCAUUAGCCAUGGCAGAAUCCACAUGGGAGAGAACCCCUAUAAAUGCUUAGACUGUGGGAAAAGCUUCAGUCGAAGCUCAAAUCUUAUUAGCCAUAAAAUAAUCCACACUGGAGAGAAACCCUAUAAAUGCUUGGACUGUGGGAAGAGCUUCAGUCAGCGCUCCGGCCUUAUUAACCAUGGCAGAAUCCACACGAGCAAGAACUCCUAUAAAUGCGACUGUGGGAAGAGCUUCAGUCAGUGCUCAGGCCUUAUUAGCCAUGAGAGAACCCACACAGGAGAGAGACCCUAUAAAUGCUUGGACUGUUGGAAAAGCUUCAGUCGGAGCUCAAAUCUUACUGCUCAUAGGAGACUGCACACGGGAGAGAGACCCUAUAAGUGUUUGGACUGUGGGAAAAGCUUCAGUCGGAGGGCACAUCUUAUUAGACACGGGAGACUCCACACUGGUGAGAAACCCUAUAAAUCCGUGGUUCUCAAACUUUAA